CUCAAACAGGUCCUCGCCCGCUUCGACGACAGUCCGUAUGUCUACGUCUUCUAUCAUGCCCCAACAGCCGUGUACGACGUCAUACCAGAAGACGACUUCACGCUGUUUUUUCCUUGGGCGAUGUACGGUGCCCUGUUUAGCACAACGGAUGGACGCUUUGCCUCCAAAAGUAACUCGCAUUGGUGCUCCUUCUCGAUCGACGGCCGCCCCGUCUUUGAUAACGGGCUGCUGGGGGACAUGCCGGCACUAACGGAGAGGCACUACCUCUCUUGGCUUCAAAGGGACGACAGUAAGCUCGCGGAGGGAAGUCAGCGUUUGGGACGCGAUAGCGUGAUUGACGAGGAUGCCAUGGACAUCGACAGCGGUGAUAUGGGUAACAGCAGGAACAUGGACAAUAUGGACAGCCGAUACAGAUAUAGCAGCAUCACGCCCACUUCUAUCAACCAUAACGGCGGCGCCAUCUCAGCCUUUAUUCCCUUGAACGGCAUCAACAAGGAAAACAUACCCACCACUACCUCCACCGAUAGCCUCAGCUCUGCCUCCUCACCCAUCGCUGACCUUCCUGAAGACUUCUUUUUUAUGAAGUCCUCAGAAAGGGACAUUCCUACACACUACGCCUGUGGCAUGUCCUACAAGCCGGGCGGCCACCACGUCAACAUCGGCCGAUGCACCGGUUCUGCAAUCAACCGCUUCCAAGACUCGAAAUACCAGCACGCGCGAGCCCGGCCCUGGCGCUCGCCUCAACUAACAUCACUGACAUCGUCUACGUCGUCUUCGGAGUCAACAUCGUCCUUGCCAUCAUCAAUAGCGACAUUAGCAACAACACCAGGUCAUGGCAACGCACAGGAAGCAUCCGGGCCCUACCCGGUGUACGUACGCGACAGCAACGGCAAGCUCUGGCUGGACCUGGGUUCCGUGGAUUACGGCAACGAGCUCAUUGCUGCCGCCACCGCGACUGCCGCUAACAAGCGCGAGCCGACGCCUGUGCACGAGAUGCGUGAUUUCUACUAUGAGCGGGAUGCUGAGUCCAGCACACCGGUCUUUUAUGGCACGGGCAGACAGACGAUUAGUCACGGUUGGGCGGCUAGGAUGGGUAUGGAGACAUGAGGGAGUUUGGGGGAGCUUGAGGGAGCUGGAGGGAGCGGACUAAGGAUGGUGGGGAUUGGAAUGGGCUGGCGAAUGAAUGUGUUUAGCAAACAAACAAUUCUCUUUUCAAUUGCCGCGUCCAUGUAAUCGAGGGUUGAUGAUAGUUAUCGGAAAAGCAGGCGCGGUCGGCGAAGGGCGCGCUUAGUCAUGGCCAGAGCUCCCCCGAAAGGAUACGUAGAGCCAGAGCAAUGGCUGAC